AUGGCUCAGGUUGAUACUCUGGACAUGCUCGUCCUGGCGGCCAUACUCGUCGGGACGAUAGCAUACUUCACCAAAGGCAAAUACUGGGGUGUUGUAAAGGACCCCUAUGCAUCCACCUACGCCGCAACGAACAGCGCAAAGCAAGGCCAAACCCGGAACAUCGUCGAGAAGCUCGAGGAAACCGGCAAAAACUGUGUCAUCUUCUAUGGCUCCCAGACCGGUACAGCCGAGGACUAUGCCUCCAGAUUGGCGAAGGAGGGAUCCCAGCGAUUCGGCCUGAAGACCAUGGUUGCCGAUCUGGAAGACUACGAUUAUGCCAGCCUCGAUAAAUUUCCCGAAGAUAAGGUUGCCUUCUUCGUUCUAGCCACCUACGGCGAGGGUGAGCCAACGGAUAACGCAGUCGAGUUCUUCCAGUUUAUCACCGGUGACGAUGCCAGCUUUGAAGAUGGCGGCUCACCGGAAGAUGAGCCGCUCUCCAAGAUGCGAUAUGUUGCCUUUGGUCUCGGAAACAACACCUACGAACACUACAAUGCCAUGGUUAGACUUGUGGACAAGGCCCUGACCAAAUGCGGUGCUAAACGAAUCGGUGAUGCCGGAGAAGGCGAUGACGGUGCGGGAACCAUGGAAGAGGAUUAUCUUGCUUGGAAGGAGCCCAUGUGGAAGGCUUUGGCCGAAGAGAUGGGUCUCGAGGAGAGAGAGGCUGUCUAUGAACCUACCUUCAGCAUCACCGAAGAAGCAGACUUGAACACCGAGUCGGAGAACGUCUAUCUGGGCGAGCCUAACGCAUCUCACCUCAGGAGCCGUAGCCAGGGACCCUACAACGCCCAUAAUCCUUUCCUCUCACCCAUUGUCGAGUCUCGCGAAUUGUUCUCUGUCAAAGACCGUAACUGCCUGCACAUGGAAUUCGACAUUAAGGGAAGCCAGCUCAACUACCAGACUGGUGACCACAUCGCCGUCUGGCCCACUAAUGCCGGCCAGGAAGUCGACCGUUUCCUCAAGGUGUUUGGCCUGGAAGAGAAGCGCCAUACCGUUAUCCGUGUUAAGCCCAUCGAUGUCACUGCCAAAGUCCCGUUCCCGCAGCCAACCACCUAUGACUCCGUCGUCAGAUAUUACAUUGAAACCUGCGGACCCGUAUCACGACAAUUCAUCUCCCAGCUCGCAGCCUUCGCCCCGGAUGAAGAGACCAAGAAAAAGAUGGUCCGUAUCGGUGAAGAUAAGGACGUCUUCUCUGAUAAGGUGUCUGCCUUCUACUUCAACAUCGCCCAGGCCCUACAAUCCUUCACCGAUAAGCCUUUUACCGCCGUCCCGUUCUCCCUGCUCAUCGAGGGUAUCCCUAAGAUCCAGCCAAGAUAUUACUCCAUUUCUUCUUCAUCUAUGGUCCAGAAGGAAAAGAUCAGCAUCACGGCCGUCGUUGAAUCGUUACGUGUCCCCGGUGCGGGUCAUGUUGUCAAGGGUGUAACAACAAACUACCUUCUUGCUUUGAAACAGAAACAGCACGGCGAGCCUAACCCAGAUCCAUUUGGCCUGACCUAUACCAUUACCGGACCACGCAACAAGUAUGAUGGCUUCCAUGUCCCUGUACAUGUGCGUCACUCCAACUUCAAGCUCCCAUCCGAUCCUUCGAAACCAGUCAUCAUGGUUGGCCCUGGUACCGGUGUCGCUCCAUUCCGUGGUUUCAUCCAGGAACGAGUCCAUCAGGCUGAAAACGGCGAGACCGUCGGUCCUACCAUUCUAUUCUACGGCUGCCGUAAGAGCACAGAAGAUUUCCUCUACAAGGAAGAGUUCGAGGAGGUAUCCAAGAAGCUCGGCGAUUCCUUCAAGCUUAUCACUGCUUUCUCACGUGAGACUUCUCAGAAGGUCUACGUCCAGCACCGUCUCAAGGAACACGCUGAGCUAGUCAGCGAUCUUCUCUCCAAGAAAGCCAACUUCUACGUCUGCGGAGAUGCAGCCAACAUGGCCCGAGAAGUCAACGUUGUCCUAGGCCAGAUCCUCGCUGAGCAACGAGGUCUGAAACCCGAGAAGGGCGAGGAGCUUGUCAAGCAUAUGCGAAACACCGGCUCGUACCAGGAAGAUGUCUGGUCGUGA